AUGAGUAGUUCUAUCGUCAUCCGAGAUCUGGAGGCGCGUGAUUUGGGAGAAGUGCUAGAGCUGCUUAGCCACCUCACGUUCGCCCCUGCGCUUUCGCAAGAAGAGCUGGAACAAUUGCACGCUCGCCGCGUGCUUGCAGGGGUGCGCACACGCGUUGCGGUCUCCUCCACGACGCAGAAGAUUCUAGGAACCGCCUCUCUUAUUGUGGAGCCGAAGUUCACUCGCGGUGGAAAGUGCGUCGGCCACGUGGAGGAUGUGGUGACCCACCCGGACUGUCGUGGUCAGGGCAUUGGCCGCGAGUUGCUUAGCAACCUUGUGGAGGUCGCGAGGGCGAGCGAUUGCUACAAGGUGGUCCUCAAUUGUACGGAUGACAUGGUUGCCUAUUACUCCAAAGCCGGCUUUGGAAAAUGUGAGAAUCAGAUGCGUAUGAACAUUGUACCCCAAUGA